GGAUAUCUCAAUGGAGCUGUCACCUGACAAGCCCUAAUUUCCUUUUCGGGACGCAUCUGUUUUCUAUCUCCCAGUGUUAGUUGGCGAGAGCUCUACCGUCCACACCAAGCACUCAAAGGGCGGGGAUACUAGUCAUGCUUUGUACUGAUAUUUGAAAUGGCAUGACGACUCUAGCAAGGCAUGCUCACGCCGAUUAGGACACGCGGGCGCAGGAAGAGACCUUGGGCCGCCAGUGAUGGCGUCCCCAAGCCGAUAGCAUCUGGACCGAAGGGUGGAAGACCCAUGCUAUCGCUACAGGCAAAGCAUAUCAGAUCUCAGUCUUCAGGGAUUAAGCGGGCCCGGCUCCUCGUGGCUCGACCGCCGCCGCCGAAACCUCGAAACAAACUAUCCAGGCUGGAGUCUCUUCCGGUGGAGCUGAUCGAGAAGAUUUUCCUGUACUCCCUGAAUGUGAAUCUGCCACGAUGCUCACAGUCUAUUUCUGCCGCUGUUUCUAGCGAGCGAGUUUACCGCGCGCUGACGCUGCUGGCACUCUGGGACGAUUCAUACGCGCAAAGAUUGCUCACGCCAGCGACACCAGAAACAAGCCCAAGUACACCCGAACUUGCAGCUGCAGUUACCAGUGAAAAAGAGAUACUGCGACUACUGAGACCGUUGGAUUAUGUGCCGUUGCUGCGGAAUGAGCGCAAGCAUCUUCAAACCAACGUCCUUCGUUGCCGAUGGUGUACCAUUGAGCGACUACUGUCCUAUCUUCCAGACCUGAUGCGCUUGACUGUUCAGCGACAUUGGCUCAACGGAAGCUUUCAGAUGAGCAGUGAUACACUGGAUAAUCUUCGUCUUCUGUUGGCCCAGAAAAACGAUACAUGCAGCUUCAAGGGCACCGAUAAGGGCGAAAACCACUACACGUUGUCGAUUACGCCAUUUGUGUCGAUAACUAUUACAUGUUUUGAAACAGAGCAGCAAAUAAUCCAUCCAAUUAUUGGUAUCUUGGGAAUUCCCGACAAACUUUUGAGCGGCACGUCGGCGGGUUUUAGCGACAACCACGUUCGUUUCCUCGAGAUCGUUCGCAUGGCCAGUGGAUUUAACCGCUCGGAUGUAGCGUCGACCGACAUCUCUUUUUCUCGCGAAGCAAUCCAGCAAGGUAUCCACACGGCUUUGAUAGAGCGUCACGCUGACGCGUUAACGAUUCUCCUCAAAAUCGAUGAGUACACCUUCCGCAGUGAGAACACGUCAGCAACCCAAACUCUUCCAUAUACGAUACCACCGGAACAUUUUCGUACUGCUGUCCGCGUUGCGCGCGAUGACCCGAACUUCUUUCAACUUCUACUCCGCACCAGUGCCGAGUCCCUUCCUGCAGAUGACUCGGAGAUCACGCAGUGGGCAAUGGAAUUGGAUGGCUCAUUUGGGUCGUGGCUACUGGAUUUCAUGCUUCAGCUACCGGAGCGGAUCAAGGCGGCAAAUAAUGACCCUGUUAAUGGGCCAAUAUUUUACCUCGGUGGCAUGGCUGCACAGCUUCCGAUAGCACUUCGAUAUCUUCGCGAUGUUCUGGGGCUGGAGGAACUGGAUAGGUGGAUGGGUGAGUCGCCCUAUGACUUUUCAAGUGAAUGGGUCGUGAAAGGUUGAGUUCGACCGAAUUUACCAUGUUACUCCCAGCUUUGAAAGGGUCGACUUCAAUGGAAGAAAUAUCCAACCUCGUGUGUCCAAUGGCACCAUGCCCAAGGAGGCAUAUUAGUUAUUUGUUGG